ACGGCCUCUCUCAAGUUUUUCUGUGCUCGUGUUUUCGUGAUGAUAAUAAAUUUAUGAGUCUAUUCGUCUCGCCGCGAUCUUUUGACCGUAGUAGAUCACACUCAGGAUAAACUAGAAGACUUUUCUGACACCUCGCCGUAAUAAUGUGCGAGCUAAUUAAAAUGGAUAGUUGAACGCAAUGAUGACAGAUGAUGCGAACUGACGUGCCGGUAGAUCGAAAUAUGAGAGGCAAAUAAAUAUGAGUCAGUAAAUAUGCCUCAUGGCUGGAGGCAGGAACAACAGCGAGCAAAAUGGAAAUUUAGACAAAAUACAUCAGUGGCGAUGCCACAAUAGUAAUUUUUCUAGAACGCUUGAACUGUCUCUGAGUGAUGAAUUCAAGAAACGGAAGAGUGCGGAACAACAUCGCACUAUUGUCAAAAAUAUUAGCCUCUUGCAAGAUAGUAUUCUGAGAAUAUUUACGGAUUCCUUGCAUUGUGAUCUGAAUAUAAUAUAUGGUUACAAAAUAAUACAUAUAAAUGAGUGUAUUGUUAGAACAAGAUCGCCAUACUUGUAUCAAGUUCUCAAACCUUAUUUCGUUUACACUAACAAAACGAUCCAUUGCAUUCUUGAUAAAGCCGAACUUUUUCAUCAGAUUGAAAGUUUUAUAAGGCUUCUGUACAGUAACCUGGACUUUACUCAAGAAGAACAAUUGUUGGUGAAAAUAAUUUUGAGUACAAAUUAUAAAUGUCAAUCUUUAAAUGAAUUUAAUAUCAAUACAUAUUAUAAUAAUAGGAUAUGCGAGAAGUGUCUGACGUUGAAUUGUAACAUACAUCAGCAUUUUCAGGAUUAUGCUAUAGCGAAUGCAAGUCCUGCUGCAUCAGAAAUGGCUGACUCUGGUUUGGAGACAGGUUCAAUAAGUCCACACGAUAAUACGACAUCAGAGAAUUCGAGCACGGACUUGACACAAGCGGCAGAAUAUGCUUCUGCUAAUGAUGAUGAUGAUUUGAAUCGAAUAUGUGCUGAGCAAAUACGCAACAAGAGCGAUCAUAAGACACUUUCGUUAUACAAUGAUCACUGCAAGUCACUCAAUAAUAGUAAUUAUCAUGAAAAGAACACAAUCCAAUCAGUGUCGAAUGAUCAUAGUAUAGCAUACUCAUCUCUAGAAACAGAUCAUCAGCUUACAGACAGGACGGAAAACGUUCAGGAGAAGCUAAAUGCCGAAGAGAUUCUUCAGUACGAAAGUCGUAUGUUAAAUGAACCAUUCUAUGAAUCGGAUUGUGGCAGCGAUGAAAACGAAUCUUUUGAAUUUAUCGAGCCCAUUUCUUUUGCGAUUGAUAAAGAAAUUUCUACAAAGUGUAAAUUAGAAUGGAAAACACAGUCUGAGACCGAGGACUCGAAAAGCAUAACAGCUGAAACGAGCGGAGAAUCCGAUCAUUCUCGUUUGACCAAUGCAACUAGUCGUAACAAUUCUUCCACAAGCGGUUAUUACUUUAUCGAUGCAUCUACUUUGAAUGACGAAGUGGAUAUUGUGUCUACUAAUGUAACAAAGAACCAGUACGGCAAUGAUAGUACAUCAUCAUAUUUAACAUUUUCCUCAAAUUAUACGGAUUGUACGGUGAACAAAUCAGCUAAUGCAGUAGAAGAACAAUCGUGUAAGUUUACACCACUUAAGACAUCGUCUUUACAGACUGGUCAUGAACGAGUGGCAGAAUUUGAAAGAGAAUUGAAACUCACCGAAUACUUGCAACCAUUCCCAGAAUCGCGUAAAAUAAAACGGAUAGAGGCAUCAGAUUCUGCAUCAGAGGAAAAGAUAGAGACGAAUAAACCGACAGAGAAAGAGUCAUUGGCUGUAGAGAUCAAAGAGGCGGACAGUGGGGAGAGCGCACAUCCUUCCCCGUGUCCUGAUAAUAAUACGAAAUUAAAUAAUCAAGAAGAGAAAACAGAAACGUCAAAUAUAAAUAAACACGAGACAACAGGAAAUGAAAAUGAGAAAGUCACGAGUGCCACUGACGACAAGCGACCAUCGCUUAUCAGAAGAAAUACGUUCGAACUUGAUUCUACCGAUGAGAAAUUAUCUGUUUUGAGACAAGAGUAUGAACGUAUGCAAGGUAGCCUUGUUUUUCAAAGCGCCAUUCCACAAUACUCUGGACACCGUGUAGACGGAGAUUCCAUUUGCAACGUACCUUCCGAUUCUGUAGUUCCUUCGAUUACUGAACCAUCGAUUACGUUUACACCUGAUGUACAAAUCGCCAUUAAUACUCAGCAUUCGAUGUCAUAUUUAUUAGACAGUCGUGAGUAUGAGAUUAAUCAAACGCAAACACAAACCAAUUAUUUACGAUCCAGUCUCAGUAAGUCUUGCGCGGUUUAUCCAGUUAUUAAAAGUGCCAGCGACAAAUCUAUCAUGAAUUGUAGCAUGGAUUCGGACGAUGCAUCGAAUCAUUGUAGUAAUAGCUUGCCAAUUACCUUAGACUCUAUCUUAGAGAAAGGUGAUCGAACGGGGUCUGUAAAGAGAAAUAAACGAGAUGAAGCUACUCCGAUCAUUUCUGGUGGUGUUAGCACUUCGGAUUAUUCGAAAUCUUCCGAUAGUCCUACAGUGCGACGCAAAACAGAAUCCACACCAAUUGUGUCGGGUGGCUCCGUGAUCAUGAACAAACCUGAAAUCAAAAUUAAAUCCUCUAGAAUGUCUUCCUCUAUGACUGCCUGGAUAGUUGACAUGAGUGAUUGUAAUAAGGAAGAAUCCAAAUCUCAAAACAAUUCACGAAGCAUGUCACAAAGCUUUUCCACUUCCGAAAGAAAACUCAAACAAAAGUCGAGUAAUUGUGAAAAACAUGGUAGUUUAGGUUUUUUUGUCAACCUAAAGGAUGUGAACGAUGAUGAACCCAACAAACGUGAUCACUCACUUGAGAGGAAGGAACAUGAUAGUAACGACAAACCUUAUUGCGAAUUUUAUGUAGAUAUUUCUGACAAGAAUAAUAGUGGUAAAAUCAAGUCAUCCGAGAAACAAAACGCAGACGCGAAAAACAAUAUUUCUAACGAAGGUGAGAAGAAAAACAUCUUUUCAAUGUUUAUCAAUUUGAAUGAUACGCGCGAGACUGGAGAUACUGUAGUUAUAGCUCCGACGCAUAGGCGAAGCUUUUCGACUAUACCUAAUAAGUUAACGGAUAUUAAGACAGAUGAUAGUAGCUCUAGAGAUAACAGUAACGCAGGAGAUAACCAGUUGCCGCAAGAACAAAAGAAAGAAAAAACGAAGCCUAGCGUCUUUAUGUUUAUAGAAUCCGAUUCUCCCGUGGUGAGAAGACGGACGCUGUCUACUUCGCGACCAACGCUUAAGCGGCACUCGUGGAAUGUUGAUAAAACGCUACCGAUAAAUAAUAGUAAUGGCUGCGUAGCAAAAGAGCUUAUGUUUAGAAGAGAACACAAACGUGCACACAGUAUAUCGAUGGAUAGUCGUGGCAUUACAAAACAAUCCCAAACUAAGACGAGUUCGUCUAGUCACUCGCUAAGCGAUGCGACUAAAGCGGAUUCUUACAACCAUAAAAGUUUUAAGACACUACAGGAACGUGAGAACAACUCAAACAAUAUGGACACAUCGUCCGAGGAUGUAUUCGAAUUUGACGUAAAGGAUACUCCACCAAAUUCUCAUGUUGAGAUCGCAAAUGAACAACUGCGCGUGAAUCAUCACGAAUACAAAAAUAUAAUUUCCGGUCAAAUGGAGAAUUUGGAAAUCAAUGAGGUGAAAGCGUAUGAGGAUGAUCUUUCGGAGAUCUCUGCUUGGGAAAAGACUUGUACAGAGAGCACAGAAGGUCACACUCGUAAAAGUGAAACAUUUGAUAUCAGCAGUGGCAGCGGGCCUUCCCCAGAUAGUGAUAACCAUUAUUACGAAUUUACUGAUUUACUAAAGUCAGGUGUUAAUGAUAGAUCGCAACUAGUUGCUGCAACAGGAAAUAGCAGUAAGAUAUCGGAAACUUGCAAAUCAUUGAGUGAAACUAUAAAAAAAAUCGAAUGCGAAUUGAAGGAGCCAGAAUAUAACGAUGCAGAUCGCACAUACGAUUGCCAUGUGUUGAAGAAAACCGAGAAGUUAUCCAGUCGUAAUUUAAACAAUUUGCAUUCAGAUUCUGAUAAAACAAAUACUUCCAAUUUUGUACGUCUGUCGGAUUUGGAUAAAACGCCAACGGCUAAUCAUGCGUCGGAUAUGCUAACAGUGAAGGAUGACAGAAGCACGUAUCGUAUGAGCAACAGUAUUCCGGAAACAUCGUGGAUAGAGAGCAAAUUGACGAUAACAAGGAAUAGUGGCCCAAUUAAACCAGUUUCUAAGAAGCUCGCUUCCGUUAUGAGCACGUCGCUUCCAUCCAAACAAAAGUCUCCAUUAGAAGAUUUGACCGGUGAUUGCGAAGCCGAAGGGAUUAUUUCCGAAUCUGAUCUUAGCAGCAUGCAAAGCAGUAUGGGACGUUCUGGAGCGGAAGGUAGCACGGAAGAAACUGAAACAUCAAGCAUAGCUGGUGCAAAACCAUACAAUAGACUAGGUGAGGAUUUGUUAAGGAUGUUUUUGGAAGAAAUCAAUCCUGAUGUUACAAUAGAUGUAGCUGGCCAGCAUAUAAGAGCACAUAAAUGUAUAUUAAGUUCUCGUUGCCAAUAUUUUGCCGCAAUUUUAAGUGGCGGAUGGAUCGAAAGUGCGGGCAAUGUUAUUUCUCUACAAGGGUAUUCCUAUAAUGCAGUUCAUUUUGCAUUAUGUCAUAUCUACAGUGGAGAAAGUAAUAUACCGGAUUCUAUAAGUAUUGUUGAACUAGCUACAUUAGCAGAUAUGUUGUGUUUAGAAGGUCUUAAAGAAGUUAUAGGAUAUACACUUAAGCUGAAGUAUUGUCACCUGUUUCAUAAGCCUUGCCAAAUAUGUGCCGUUGGAGUAUUGGAAUGUAUGCCAUUGGCAGCAGCAUACGGUCUGGAUGAAGUAUAUCGAAAAUCACUUAGGUGGAUUACAAAGUACUUUGUACGAAUAUGGCCAUGCAAAGCAUUCGCGACUCUUCCAAGAGAACUUAUGGAAAAAUGUUAUCAUCAGCAUAUAGUGCAUAUGUCUAUCGACAAUGUGCUUCAAACUAUGAUGGAUUGUGAUAAACUACUAGCAACCUUACCGAAUGUACGAUGGGCAGAACCGGUAUUUCGGAUGGUAUCAAAUCUGUUAGAGACAUCAAUAAAAUUUCUGUCGGAAAAUUUCGCAGGUGUUUUAGGAAACGACAAUUUUCAAUCACUUGGUCGCGAGCUAACAUGGAACAUCAGCCGUUUAGAAGAUCAUUUUAUAGCAGCUGUUGAACAGUUGUCGCCCGAACAAGCAUGCAAAAGUUAUUCGAAAUUGUAUAAGAUGUUACUCACGUCACAAACAGAUGAUUUUCAAUGUAAGAUUAAGUGGGGACCGCUUUUCAUCGAUUUUCUGCACAAGCUUCAAAGCCGUGUGGAAAAAUGCUUAGUGCGUGAUGCCGCACGUGCUGCAAGAACCAUCACAUGGCUGAAAAUGGACCUGGAACUUCGCAGGAGAAUACAAGAGCUAGCUUGUCUCGUAAUCUUGCCUCAUGAGACCUCAAAACGUUUAUCUAGACAUCCAAACUUUUUAAAAGAUUCUCAUGCACCGCCAAAUCGUUCAACCAUAAGUCGUAGCUUGGAUUUGAAACGUGUAAAAAUGGCGAUUUCGGAGCAUAAUGACAAAACCUUAAAGCAAACGUCAUCAGCCAAGCAAACUAAGAAAAUUUUAUGUAAGCCAAAAACAGAUCCGCUUGAGCGUAAAAUGCAGGAAGAUAAACAAAUUAUCUGUGAAACCGUCAGACCAAAAUCGUGGCCUAAUAAAAUAGAGGUAAAAUCAAGAUAUUUAGAGCCAAAAAAUAAACUUGUCCCAAAGGAAAACAUUUCCAUACAUCAUGAUAAAAUUGUGCAACAAAGACGUAAAAUUAUGAUUUCCUCGUCUGAUUCAUCACGCACUUCCAGUCCUGCGAUGAAGCGUGCGACAGAUAAAAAACCACUAUCCAAGAUGAAGUUACCAGUUAAAAAAGAUAUAAAAGCCCUUUCAUCAGACAGCUUAACAGAAGCAAACACGAGCCAAACUGGCAAUAAGGAUUUGAUCAGUAAAAGCUGCGCUAUCACUAGACCAGAAUCACCUUCUUUAAAACAAAAAAGCACUGAAAUAGGUUUAUCGAUCGAUUCUUUGGAGACUAAGAAUAAGCCAAUUACUGUUAAAAAGAAAGUUAAUAAGAUGGAUACAUCUAUGUCCACCGACAGUCUUAUGACGGAGAUAACGACAACUCCAAAAUCUACUGUGUCCCACAAAUUGUCGCCUACUUUAGUAAAAGUGAACAAAACACAAACUUAUGAAAGAAUAAAAAAAAGCUCGCCACCAACACAGCAGAGGAGUCCAUUGACGAUUACUAAAAGACUUCCGAGGUCGUUGGAAAAUUCUACUGCCGCCAGUCGCAGUAGAGCUGCUGCUAUCAGCAGCACGUAUCACGGUUCACCGAGUUUACGCAGAAGUUUAUUAGAUGCUGCAAGGACACCGGAUGUCCCCAGUAAACCGGUGAAUACAGUAGCUCCUUUCAGGACACGACAGACAAAUAUUCCUCCCAUUACAAAGAGAGAAAAAAAAGAAAUUCAAAAUCCGCAGAGUUCUGAUAGUUCUAGCAAGAAAUCCUCUCCAAAAUCUAACAUUAGCAGUAAGAUGAGCAAGACAGUUAUCGCCGGCAAAAGAAUUAUCGGUGGGAAAGCUGAUGAAAAGAUCAAAAAGUGUCACAAUAUGGAGACGCAAAGGCAACCUACAGUAGGUUCAAGAUCUGGAACAUUCCUCAAAGAUGAACCUACGAUACUUAAGAAAGGGGACAUUAAAUCAUCGCAAAUUAAUAUUUAAUGCUAUUAAUGGUUGGAGAAUUAUAUCAGAUAGGAUGCAUUG